AUGGCCACUGACAAACCUGAUCAGCAACAAAAACCACAGCUAGACAAAGAAAUAUGGAUUAAACAACGAUUCAACCCUGAUGCUUCAGAUAUACAGAGAAAGCAGUUACAAGAGCUAUUGAAGCAUCCUGAGCGCGAAGUAGAACUUUCACGGCCAUCGCGUAAACGUGGGGUAUCACCACCGCCUGAGAUUGUUGCAAAUGUCCCAAGCUCGAGUGCAGGUGCUGGGUCUGGUGAAUUUCAUGUAUAUAAACAAGCUCGACGGAAGGAAUAUAUGCGAUUAAAGAUUUUUGAAGAAGAAACGAGAGAAGAAAAAUCACAACGCGACUUUGAGCAAAAAAAGGCUGAAAUGCAAAAACGCGACGAAUCUAAAACAAAUAAAAAUCGUGCGAAGCGGCAGCGACGAAAGAAAAACGGAGCAGUGACUAAAGAUAAGGAAUCAAAAAAUGUUGAACCUGCAAAUUCCGAGGCUGAUAAAAAAGACAAUGAUUUAAAGAGCAAACCUAGUGAAGAAGAUGACACGGAAAAUCCAAAUGGUAAUGGUAAUCAUGUAGUUAUAGAGGCUCCAAGCGUUAAGAUUAUAGACGACGACGAUGGUGUUAUUUAA